CUGAGGUGGACCACUGAUGCCUGGAUGCAGUGGCCAUCCUGCUUGCUCCUGGUGGCGGGGAACUGAAGAAGUGCUCUGGUGGGGCUGUGUAGUGACGGGUACUGGCAGAGGGGAUACGCUCCCCAGGGAGGGUGGAAUCCAGCUCCAACUGUGUCUAAAUUUAGGUCCCUGCCUGUGGCCUCCUGUUACAGGCCGGGCUCUGGGGGGAGCUGAGAGGUCUCCUGACUGUAACGGACAUGGAGGUGUCUAAGCCAUGGCCUGCCCUGGCUGCCAGGGCAGGGCAAGGUGCCUCCGAUGGACAUAGGCGUUUCUGGCAGAAGAUCCAGGCUGAUCCACUGCAGAGUAGCGGUGGCCAGUCACAGGAGCCUUGGGGACAGCUGUGACGAGCUGUGCUGCGCCUGCUGCUGAGGACAGGUGACACUGAGGAGCUCCUAUGUACACAGCGUCGCUGGAAUCGCUUUUUUUAAAAUCGGCAUGUAGAGGUUUCAAAAUGAAAAUGGGGUGUUAACUGCAGCUUCUCUGCUUUUGAAGUGAGCCGAACACCUGAUACCAAAUGACACACUUGUUUCAUGAAAGCUCUCUAUUAACAAAGCACACUUUCACUGCGGAAACCGUUAAUAGGGUCAGCGUCGCCUAAGUGACAGCCCUGUCACUGAGCAGCUGGACAGGAGACAGUAGGCUGCUUUCCUGCCGAAGAAACUAUUCGGUGUUCUGGAUUGUGACUGAUUUGGAGUUAAUUUUUUCUGUCUUAAGUUUCUCCUUCCAGAGUGGAACUGGUUGGAGCAGUUAAGAUCGCACCGACUGUGGUGGCUCCUGGGGCAGGGAGGGGUCUGUCUAUAGACAGAGGUGGCCGCUUUCAAACUUCCACAGGGAAAUACUUCUGAAAGGGUGGCAAGAAGUUCUUAAAGCUUGAGGUAACACGUUAAGCAGUUGAUUUUUGGCCUUCAUUUUAGGAGGGUUUUUUUUUUUUUGUUCCUCCUUCUCAUCACACCGAAGCUGGUGCGUUCCCUGGGCUGCCAGUUCCCGAGGGCAGGAUGGUGGUGUCCCCCUGCACCCUGUUGGGCAGAGCCACACUGGUCACCCUCCCCGCGGAGCUGGGGCUGCUCCCCUGCCUUCUGCGGCUUUGGAGAGAGGGCAAAACACGGACAAGUGUUAACACCAGAGUCCAGUUCACCCUUAGCUUCGUAACAGCUUUUCUCCAGGGGCUUGAGCUGGCAGCUGCAGCCGUGUGGAGUGUGGCCACGGAGGAGACAGGCUUUGCCGUGGGCCACCACCAGCUCCCGCGCAGAGGAUGGGGACAGGUGAGUGUGAUGCAGCGGGGACGGCAGCCGCUGCGCUUUCCGUCUGCCCCGGAGUGUGGUGACAGAGGCCAAAACAAACCUAUUUCUCUCCAUCUUUGCUCAGAAGACCUGUCCAGCCUCACCUUUCGCCGUCAGCCUGUGAGAUGCUUCCACCCUUUCCCUGCCACCAGCCCUCAAGCUCCCGAGGACCGGCUGUGUGUUAAAAAUUGCUUUUUCUGCAGGACUCUCUGCUGGACCCACAUUCACUGCCUCAACCUUCUCUCGUCUGGGCUCAACAGAUACAGUCUCUUCACCAGCUAUGGUCCAACCCUGCCAGGCUUAUAUUCCUUCUGCGCCUGGUGCUGCAGCCACCCUCCGCCAGCCCGGCUUCUGCUGAACCCGCUGCGGACAAACACCUCCCUCGCUGAUUUACGGCACGGCAGACGGUUCUUCAGCCAUCAGGGGCCGAAAGGCUUUGCAAACAGCGCAUUUAUGUUCGAUAACGACGGGGGCUUUGUUUUUUUUUUUUGGGUUCCGUUUGCUGUAUUUCAAUUCCUAUUACCGGCAGAAGGAAAGGAUGAGGAAGGCAGCAGAGGGAAAUGCAUUUCAGCCAAAGCACGGGGCUGCCGUGAGCACCGCCAGCCCUGCCGCUCCCCCGCGGAGUCGCUCCUUCCCGGCUGAGCAUCCUCAGUCUGGGACUUUUCCCUACGUCAGACCCACACGGUUCGGGACGAAGGCACCGCAGUGAAUCCCGGUGACCAGAAAGGGCUGGAAAUGUUGUCCCCUGAUUUCAUGGAGCUGAUCAGCCCCUCACCGGCGCUGGACUGGGGAGAUGGCGGCAUCCCAGGGAGCCCACCCCAUCCUGGCAGCAGGAAGAAAUGGGUAGCUUUGAAUGCAAACUGUCAACUACCGCGGGAGGGAUCUCGUUUUUCCCAUGUAGGAGGAUUACAUGGCAUUAGAUGGUGGGGGGGGCAGGAUCUUACAAGCAAGGGGACAAAAUAUUUUUUCAGUAGAGAUAUUUCUGCACCCUUCCCAAAAGCAGGAGAAAGGAGAUGUGGAUCCCUUUAAGAAAAAUUACAUUAGUAAAGGAAAAAGCUUUACAACCCAUUAAAAGGGAGAAAUACCCAUCCCAGCCGCCCAGGAAGCCACCCGGCGGAGCCGUCCAGGGCGCAGGGGAAACGCAGAGAGUUGCAUCCUGCGUUUCUGCACUCAGAGCAACAUUUUUAAUAGCCACCCUUGAACCAACCCUCGAAAGAUUUGCUUAAUCCUUUUAUGAACUCAUUUAUCCUCCCUUAAUGUCCCAGGGAAACAAGCUACAGAGUUUAAUUGCUCAUGAUUUUUUCGACGUGUUACCUAAUAGCAUUUUAUUUUGCUUGUCCUUAUAACCCCGGUCCUAA